GCGGCGGCGCGGCACCUGAGCGGCUGGCGCGCCGUGCCUGCGUGCCAGGGCAGCGGGAUGUGUGAGGGGGGCUCUCGUCGUCUCUCCCGAGCGGGACGGAACCGCGGAAGCGACGCAGGAGCGGUGAGGCCUCCGCACGCAUGGAACUGAGAAGCGCAGAGGCGGUCUCCAGUCGGCUCCUCGGCCUCACUCAGCGCUCUGUCUCUGAAGAUCUGGGUUGCAGACGUGGAGAGUUUAGCAGAAAGCACUAUGGAUCUGUGGAACUUCUUAUAUCUAGUGAUGCUGAUGGAGCCAUCCAAAGAGCUGGAAGAUUCCGUGUGGAAAAUGGCUCCUCUGAUGAGAAUACAGAAUACACUCCAGGAACAUGGCACAGAACGGAUGUGCAUUUGGAAAAUCCAGAAUAUUAUACAAGAUGGUAUUUCAAAUAUUUUUUAGGAAAAGUUCAUCAAAAUUACAUAGGUACAGAUGCAGAGAAGAACCCUUUCUUUCUGUCCGUUGUACUCUCUGACCAAAAUAAUCAGCGUGUUCCCCAAUACCAUUCAAUUCUUUGGAGAAAAACAGGUACUCAGAAAAUAUGUCUCCCUUACAGUCCCACAAAAACAUUAUCAGUGAAAUCUAUAUUGAGUGCUAUGAGUCUUGAGAAAUUUGAGAAGAGCCCAAGGGAAAUUUUUCAUCCCGAGAUACAAAAGGAUUUAUUGGUUCUUGAAGAGCAAGAGGGAUCUGUGAAUUUUAAAUUUGGAGUCCUUUAUGCUAAGGAUGGGCAGCUUACAGAUGAUGAAAUGUUCAGCAAUGAAACUGGAAGUGAGAGCUUUCAGAGAUUUUUGCAUCUCUUGGGCGACACAAUUACUUUGAAAGGCUGGACAGGCUACAGAGGAGGACUGGACACAAAAAAUGAUACAACAGGAACCUGUUCCAUCUAUACAGUUUACCAAGGGCAUGAAAUUAUGUUCCAUGUUUCAACCAUGCUGCCGUAUUCUAGAGAGAACAAGCAGCAGGUAGAAAGGAAGCGGCAUAUUGGAAAUGACAUUGUCACUAUCGUAUUUCAGGAAGGAGAAGAAUCUUCUCCAGCAUUCAAGCCAUCCAUGAUUCGCUCUCAUUUUACACAUAUUUUUGCCUUAGUGAGAUAUAAUAAGCAGAAUGAUAGUUACAGGCUGAAAAUAUUUUCAGAAGAAAGUGUUCCUCUCUUUGGGCCUCCACUUCCAUCCCCCCCUGUGUUUACAAAUCACCAGGAAUUCAGGGAUUUUUUGUUAGUGAAAUUAAUAAAUGGUGAAAAAGCCACCUUGGAAACCCCAACAUUUUCUCAAAAACGUCAGCGCACUCUAGACAUGCUGAUCCGCUCUUUAUACCAGGACCUGAUGCCUGAUCUACACAAGGUAAAUAACAUGCUCAAUAGAAGGUCUUUCAGUGAUGUGUUGCCAGAGUCCCCAAAAUCAACACGGAAAAAAGAAGAAGCUCGGCAAGCAGAAUUUGUCCGACUUGGUCAGGCGCUGAAAUUGAAAACCACUGUGAAAGGGGAUACACCAGCUACCCUGGCAACCACCAGCUUUUGUAAAAAGGAGCCUUGGGAGUCCCAAUCUUUCUGCAGUAAUUUUCCUCAUGAGGUUGUCUGUGCAGAUUCCUGGGGCCAGUCCUUGUUGGUUUCUACAGAUGCUGGCAUCUUGUUAAUUGAUGAUGGUCAGCCAUCAGUUCAAGUAUUUGAUAAAACGCUCCAAAUAAAGCAGAUGCAUGUGUUGGAAGCUCUGGAUCUUUUGAUUGCCCGAACAGACAAAGGGAAAGACUCUCGUCUCCUCGUCUUCAGAUUGAGUGCUGUCCAAAAAGAUAUAGAAACAAAGCAGAUGAUAAGAAGCAAAUAUGACUGCAGAGAAAAUAAAUUGGAGAGAACAAAAGGCUGCCAUUUGUAUGCCGUUAAUACUCACCAUGGCAGUGAACUGAGGAUUGUUGUGGCUAUUCGGAACAAACUACUACUCAUCACAAAGAAAUACAAUCCAUGCAACAGUGUAACCAGCAGCUCUCUGCUAUCAUUACCUGAAUCUCCAGUAGACGAGUUCCAGUACAUCCGGGAAAUAUGCCUUUCUGACCCUCCAGUGGUUAUGACACUGGUGGAUGGACCUACUGGAGACAGUGACAAUAUGAUCUGUGUGGCAUAUCGGCAUCAGUUUGAUUUAGUUAAUGAGAGUACUGGGGAGUCCUAUAGACUGCAUCAUGUUGAAGCAAACAAAGUUAAUUUUGUUGCAGCUAUUGAUGUAUAUGAAGAUGGUGAAGCUGGCCUACUGUUAUGUUAUAACUAUGUUUGCCAAUAUAGAAAGGUGUAUCCUUUUAAUGGAGGUUCUCCAUUCAUCCAGUCAUCGGCUUAUGACUUUCACUUUAGCUGGAAUCAAGUUCCUUAUGCUGUUGUCUGUGCUUUCCCUUAUAUCCUUGCCUUCACUACUGAUUCCAUUGAGAUCCGAUUAGUGGUGAAUGGAAACUUAGUCCACACAGCAGUUGUGCCUGAGCUUCAACUUGUAGCAUCAAGGUCAGAUAUUUAUUUUAAAGCUACUGCUGCAGUAAGGGGAUCAUCUCAUAGCAGUUCUAAGGAAAUGAGUUCAAGGAGUUCUCCUCAAACACCGACGGCUUAUGAAAUGGCAGAAUGUCCUCUUUCUUCUUCAGAAGGUGAAAUCCCAGGCAAAAACCUGUACAAAAUUCCUCUGAGUAAUCUAGUUGGGCGAAGCAUUGAACGACCUCUGAAGUCACCUUUGACUCCCAAAGUCAUCACUACUCCAACAUCUAGUGGUGUUACCUCUCUUCCUGUUACUCACUCACUAUCCUUAUCUCGUAUGGAAAUUAAAGAAAUUGCAAGCAGAACACGUAAAGAAUUGCUAGGCCUUUUGGAUGAACCUAUUCCCAAGAUGGAAGGUGCACAGAAGCAAAAAAAGGCUCCUCGAAGACAGUCAGAUCCCAAGCAGGGAGCGGUAAGAUCAACUAGUAGUGACAGAUUAAUCUCAACCUCUUUUGAAAGCUUUUCUGAGAGUCGUCAUCUUUCCACUAGUUCAGAUCCUGAUACUGUAGCAAACAGAGAGGAGAGCUCACCAUCUAGCUAUCCGUUCCAUCUGACUUCUUUAUACGAUGAGGACAUCAUUGACUUGAAGUGAAGAUCAACAGACUGUUCCUUACUUCACCUUUUCUUACAGAUCUGUGAGCUCUGUAGGAAUGUCAGAAACACUGCUUCUAGUGGUAAAAUGUGGCUGGAAGUAUUGGUGAUUAAUCUUUAUAGAUCCCAUGUUGUUCUGGCUUGCUUAGCCUGAUUUGGUGAUGCUUACAUCUUUGACAUAUGUAUGUUUUCUUAUCUCAGUUAAUGAAACAUUACUUUUUGUGGCAUUCUAAAGGUAGGUAAUCAAUGAGAGCUUCAGGCUGAAAAUGAAGUAAAAAGUAUUAUUUAUUCUGAGCUUCUUAUAUUUGAAGUACCUGAAUGAAAGUGGCAUUCAGUUAAGUUAAUUGCUGUUACUAAUAUCAUGAGCUGUUUUACAAGUGUGCACCAUGUAGAAAGAAGAAUUUGAUAAUGUAAAUCACUCAUUUUGUUUUUUCAUUCUUAAAAAAAAAAAAAAAAAUGCUUGUAGACAAGGUCUUUCCAGACAGUGCAAGUGCAGUCUGUCCUUGAAAUGAUGGAGCUGUGUUUUAUUCACUGAGGAGUGAUGGUUAUUCUAUAAAGAUGAGGUAACACAAACGUGCUGUUUUCUUUUCUCUGACCUGUCCUUGCACAUUUUUUUUAAGAGAAACUUGAAAACUGUUUUGGCAUUAAGAAUCUUUGAGUAGGAGGACUUUUUAUAAGAAAAUACAAGCUUUCAAAUCUUCCAUAAAAUUGAAAGUCAAAAAUACAGUGUAUUUCUCCACUACUGGAAUGCUGUUUCUGUAGUGCACCUGCAUAUGUCCUCAUUACAGGCAGAAGCCUGUGCCCUGAUUUUCUCUCUGACUACACAAAGAUUCCUGUGCUGGCAUCAGAAUUAACUGUUGUCUGCUUUUACACCAACAAUAGAAUUCAUUGCUCCAAGUAAACAUAUUUUUCUAAAUGGACCGGGCUGAAGUUUUACUGCCAAGAAGCUAGUUUUCUAUGAUGAAAUAGUCAUAUUAGAUCUUUCGUUUUGUUAAAGGACAGUAUUUCAUCAUUAAAGCUUGAUUUUUUUUAACCCUUUCCUCUAUGCCAAAAAUCAAUUUUAGACAAUUUUUUGAAGGGGUUUGCUGUUUUUCAUGAAAAAGUGAUGCUUCCAGGCUUUUUAUAUAUGAAGAUUUGGGCUUUAUUAGGGUAUUUCUUGCUCUUUAUGUGGAAAUAUUUCUGUAUCCUUGAUUUAUUUUGUAAUACCAUUUAUGUGUCAUGAUUUCCCCUGUCCAAGCAUGACAUCUGGUGAUUUGUGCCUUUUGCUUCAGUCUGUCUGAUUGUAAAACUUUUUUUUUUUUGCAAAGUUUCAUGGUAUAUGAUGACUUUAUUUCUCCGCCUAAGAAAAUACGCAAGGCCUUAACUGAAAGGAUUACUUCUUAUUCUCAGCCAGAGUAGCUGAUCAAGAAAAGAAGCAAUAUUUUAAACAUUAAUUAGUACAGGGGCAGAAGCAGUAUUAACCAGUGGCUACUUGUACUUUAGUGUUUUUGCACCUAAAUAUGUAUGGGGUGAACCUUAGUAAACACCUGGAAGUGUUUACUACUUACACCUCAGAGUCUUUGCAAAAACUUGUAAUUCUUUUUGAGAAUGUCUCUGGGGGAAGACAAACAAACAAACAAACAAACAAAAAAAACACACUAGUAUCCAUUUACUCUGUUCUACUUAUCUGGUUAGCUAUGGUUUAAAAAAAAAGUCAGUCUCAAAGUAUCAUGUAGUCCUUAUUCUGCUGCAAGUUGUAACCACUUGUGUGGACUCAUUGAAUCAAUUUUAGGGGAAGCACUGUUUGGGCUUGGAUAUUUUUAGAAAGCUGAAGCAUCACCUUUUUCCAUAAACAGGUUUCUCAGUGUAGUAUUUUUAUUUCUGUUGUGUGGGUGUUUUUGAAGACUGUACCAGUGUGCUGCAAAACUCAGGCUUUAAUUAAAAUAAAAUUUUAACUGGAAAGUUUGCUUUGAACUUUUAGAAUAUCAGAUUUUAAAUGUAUUGCAGAGGUUCACCUCUGCUAUUCUAGCAUGAUUUAACAUGAUUAAAUGAUAGCUUGAUAGUAGUUGAAUAUACAUGUGUAUACAUAUGUUGAUUAGAAAACUUGUUUGAAGAACCUGAACAAACACACAUUUAGGUAUCCUGAAAGACAUAGAAAGACCUUAUAGAUGGAGCAGUAGAGAGAUCAAGAAGAAUGGAGAAAGCUUGACUAUAACUGACCUAGGGUGAUAGUCAGGAUGCGAAACCACAGCAGUGGCAAUAAAGUAUUGCUAUGAAGUGUGUGUGUGGAGUUCUGCCUGUAAUAGCAGUAUUGAUGACAUCUAGCAAAUACUAACAAGCAGCAAAAGUACUGUAAGGAAUACAGCAAAAGUCUGACUGCUUAAGCUAGACAAAAAAGAAAAAAAAGGAUCAGACUAGCUUCAUGGUAUUUAUUUUAUCUGGAAGAGGAUGUUGGAAUAGUUUUAGGAGGGAGGAAGUAUAGAUCCCAUAUCAAUUGGCUUGUCUCUCCCCUCCAGUCUGAAUUUUAUGGUAUAGUUUAACGUGUCAGAUGCAAACUGUUAUGCAGGUCACAUUGGGAACUACCGGACCUAAAAUACUAUUACUCGUACAGGACAGGCAGGAUCUGAACACUGGAAAAAAGGCCUGUCUUCAUUCCUUAGGUAUGCAGUAAGUGCCUUAACAGUACUGUCACUUCUUGAGUAUUUACUUCUGUGGUCAACCACCAUGUCAUGCAGGCACGUGGGAAUAAUAUUGGACCUAGCAGAAGGAGGUGAAGGAGGGAUCAGGCAAAAUUAUUUUGUUUUAUAUGACUCCUAGGUAUGGUAACUGAGGCUUUAGGGUCACGUAUGUGUAGUUUACUCUCUACUUACCGUACAAGAGCAGCCUGGAGCGUAGGUAGAAGGCAGGGAACAUGGUAGUUGUGCUUGAAUUUUGUUUGACACAAGCCACAGGAACCAGUGUGUGAAGUUCUUUUUCACAUUUGUCGUAUCUAAAAGACAAAGUAUCACACAAUAAUGUGAAACUGCUGGGAAAACUGGACAAAUAGCCAGUAUACGAGUAGUCUUGUCAGACUGUGGCAUGAAUUACAUGCAUCUUAGUGUGAUGAGACGUUGUUCUCUGAACUAGCUUCUAGCCAUUGGCUGUCUCAAAGUAGUGUCUUAGAUCCAUCCUAUUCAGGCUCUUGAUCAAAACAAAAGCCAAGUGGUGGUAUUGAUGGAUAUGUUCUUGUUCAUCAUUUCUAAAGGCCACAUUUUUCAUACGUCUUUGUAAUCUCUCUUCAAACCAGUGUCAGGUGACCAGGAAACAUGAAAUGGCUUAUUGGAAGGCUACUGGGAUGGACAGGUAUACUGUUUGUUAAUACAGCCCCUUGGAAUCAUGUUAUUUCUGUUCCUCUUUGUAACAUGCGUAUACUCAUUAAAGCUUAGAAAGUAGCCUUGGACACAAGUAGCAGCCCUGUCCACCCUAAGCACGACCAUUGCCACUUUCACAUCUUGUGUUAAAACUGCUAUUAGUAGCCUGUGUUCUUAGUGUUGGCUGAUCAUCAUAUGCAUGAGAAAAAAGAAAAUCUCUAAAACUACAGCUAUGAUGGGUAGAUGCUUUUUCUAAUAAAGAAGAAUACUGAAUAAAGCUUGCUACCACCUUCAACAGAAGGGUAAAAAAAAUUCCUUCCACUAAGGAAGAAUUGUUACCAGCUCGAACAGUUACUAUCAAGCUAAGCUAAACUGAAGGCCAGUUAUGAACUCUUAUUACAGAUAUGUUUCUGUAGGAAAUGUUUCCUGCUUCACUUGAUGGAUGUGUUGGAGGAGGGGGGCUUUUAACCUCUUCUGGACAGGGGAUUGUCAUCACUUCAGUAUCAUGUGUUAGUCUGACUAAACUAUAGGAAUGUAAUUUACUUGGUUCAAGCAGUGGGACUGAACAGGCAGCUAAUUUAGAAUGGACAUAUACCUCAUCAACACCGUGGGAAACAACACAUGGAAUCACAGACUAGGUGAGGUUAGAAGGGAUCACUGCAGAUCAUCCAGUCCAAUAGCUGCCCCCGGGCAUCUCCAUUCAAAACAAUGAAAACUGGAGCAGCUUGUUCAGUAUGAUGUCAUUCGAUUUUGAUUAUGUUCAAGAAUGGAGAUGCAAAAUUUUGAGCAACUCAUCAUCCUUGCAUUGCGUUUGUACAGCAUGCAGAUAAACCAUCACAGCUUUGAAGUGUAAGUAGGACUUGAGAGCCCUGAGACAUUAGUUAAAUCCUUCCCAUGUGCAUAAUAUGUCACUCAAGGCUGAUGAGCCCUUUCCAAGGUCUGUACCGGUUUGACAUUUAGGAACUUUGAAGAGAGAUAAACCUACCUGUGUUCCAGACUAACAGUCAUUUCUUUCUAACUCUUUCCUCAAGUGGCAAUGGAGUACACAUAAAUUUUAAAAAUGUUUGAAACUGAAAGCAAUGGGAUGUUUCACUCUGAGGAGAUAAAGAGCCAAGCACAACUUUGGAAGGGCUGGGUGCUCUCAUUAUGGCAAAAGAUGCAGACUCUAGGUUGAAUGGACAUGUGAAUAAUAACUCCAGUUGAUUGGUUUGCCAGGAACAAGUGGGGCCUCUUCUGAUUACAGUUGUUUCCUAGACUGGGGAAUGAGGAAUUUUCAUUUGUUCUGGCCUUUUUCUUUCUUUUUUUCAGUCCGUGACAGGAUGUGAAGUGUCACUCAGAAUGAGUAGCAGUUUUGUUGUCUGUAUUCAUGUAUCUGUCCCUAUACAUGUGCAAGCAUUUGUAAUUGAUUGGUAGAUUAAAAUUAAAAUAUUUUUGGAGUACUGGGCUGGUCAACUGCAUAUAUAUUUAAACAGUUCUUAGUAGGGCAGGUAAUAGGUUAGGUUGCACCCACAGGAAGUGUAGCAUUGUUAUAUAUGGCCAAGGCUGCUGUGCCUGCCAUUUCCUCUCUGCUGUUCUAGGUGUAUUUGGACAAGCGAGUUUCAAGCUCUUGCAGGCUUGCCUGAUUUGCAUUUAUGGCUUGUGCUUGCAGAUGCAGGAGCGUCCCCAGAGCUGUGGCUUAGUCUGCAUUUGAGACCUAGUCCUUGGAUUUGGAUUUAUUUUUUUUAAUGUGUGUUUGUAUAUAUAUGUGUGUGUGUGUGUGUGUGUGUGUGUGUGUAUAUAUAUAUACACACACACGUGUGUGAUACUGACUGGUGUCAUUAACAAUUUUGAUGUCAUGGUUAAUUUGCCCAGUGCUUGCUAAUUCUGUUAAAGCAGUUUUCUCAGAUACUUAGGCAUAGUCUGAAUUUGUGGAGAAAUAAAUUAUACCCAGAGAACUAAAUAAUAAUAAUAAUACAAGGAAGCUCUUAUGCCAAUAGACAGUAAACAUCUGUACUAGCAUGCAGGGUAGAAAGUAUGUGCAUUAUUACAGUUGAGCACAGCCACUUCACCAGGCUGUUUAAUGCCUAGCUGCUUCACUUUGUUGUUGCUGACCUGCAACUGACUGACACCCUGUUUGCUACUGAAACCAUAUUAGCCUAUAAUUUCAGGAGAAAAAAUAAGAGGUUAUUUUUGUGUGUGUAUUUAUAGCUCUACUAGAUAUAUAUCCGAUUGGAUGGAAAAUGUCUCUGAAGGUUUAUGCAGACAGUAUUAUCAACCUGCAGUGUCAAUUUUAACAGUCUUUGAAUGUUGGCAGACUGUUUUUGUAAUUUAAUGACUGAUAUUGCUGAGUUUGUGAUCAAAAUCUCUUUAAUACCACUUGUCUUAAGUAUGUAUUAUCAUUGUUUUUAAUGUCAUGUGAUAGUGCGUAUGGUUUGUGUUUUAGAUGUAGCAUCCAAAUAGAAACAUUCCUAUCACAGCUGGAACUGUUUUAAUUUAUUGUAAUUUAUUGUUUUUGUGAAGGAGGAAGAGAAGAUUUAUUCCUUCAUAUGUAAUAAACUUUACAUCGAUUCUUUCUUUCACAUUUGCAGGACUAAUGGCUUCUCUAAAUUUGGUUCAUCAAUCAAGAGAAAUUAAAAAGAAAAGAGGUAGUAUGGCUGCCAACAGCGCUGGAUUACUACUUCUAGUUGAAUUCUGUACAAAGCAUUUCAGACAUGUCAUUCAUUCAAGUGCUGUCACAGCUGCUGAGAUUGGUGCUUGUAUCUUAAGCAUUACCCAUCUUGGACAAGAGCUAUAAUUCAGCGUUGGUUUGUGUUUCUGGGCCAUUAAGUCUUUCGGGAAUCUCCAGUUAUAGAUCUUUACCCCUUAACUUAAGGCUACAAAAGACAGAUUUCCUCCAUUUUUCUGGCUAUAUAUAGGUAUAUCGUCUCAGUCUACAAGAUCUAUUGAUUUCUUUUGAAAAGGAGACUCCAAAAAACAUUCUGCUGAGAGUUACAACCCAUCUUGUGAUUUAAAUGCAUUUCUAGCCAACCUGACAGCACUAGGACAGAUAAUGCCACCCUAACACUACCACCCACUAAAGCCAAACCUUCAUCUCCGUUUGGGAUCUAGAC